CUCAAUGACUGUGGAGUCUCGGUCUCCCUUUCAUCAUGAAUGUGACACCUGGCUCCUGUACAGCAGAGAUGCCGUAUGGAUACCAACCCCGUCUGAAAGGACUAUACAUUGCCACUGAGCUCAUCAUUGCAGUGCUAGCUAUAAUAGGAAACUUACUGGUUUGUCUGGCUGUCACCCGCAACAAAAAACUUCGCACUGUCACCAAUUACUUCCUGGUAUCAUUGGCAGUAGCGGACAUCCUGGUGGGUUUGGUGGCUAUUCCCUGUGCAGUGCUGACAGACCUGGGUCAACCUCACCAUAACCUGCCCCUCUGCCUAUUGCUGCUUAGCAUAUUGAUGGUGCUCACACAGAGCUCCAUUCUGAGUCUGUUAGCAGUAGCAGCGGAGCGUUACGUUGCCAUCCUACUGCCAUUUCAGUACCAGCGUGUCAUGAGCCCCAGGAACGCCCAGCUGGCCCUGCUGGUCACGUGGGGCCUGGGAGCCAUCUUCGGCUCUGUCCCGCUUAUGGACUGGAAAAGACAACCAGCAGGCUCUGACUACUGCAUCUUCACUUGUGUGGUGGAUAUGAGAUACAUGGUCUACUUCAACUUCUUCUGUUGCUUCCUGGUGCCGCUGGUGGCCAUGUUCAUCAUCUACGGCCGCAUCUUCCUCACCGUCCGCCACCAGCUUAGACGCAUCGCUGUGGCCAGGGGAACCGCAGAGGACACAAGAACUGCUGACACAGGGAGCACUGGUACAGAGGACACUGGAAGUUCUGUUGCUGGGGGAACCAUAAGAGGUGUAGCAGACAUUGGGACAGGAAAAGGAACCAGCAAACAAGCCAAGGAAAAGAUGGAAACGUGUAAGGAAGUAGAGUAUGCUAUUGGAUCUCUUAUUGAAACUGAGACUACUGCUGUCUUUGCAAAGCCAGGUCUCCGGAUUGCCUCAGCUGACUCUAGCAGCUCCGGCUCUGCUCCUGUUGACCCCCAACCAGUAGCGUCCAACAAGGCUAAAUCCAACCUUCGCACACGUCAGGAGGUGCAUAAGGCCACCUCCCUCUUCCUGGUCCUGUUUCUCUUUAUGGUGUGCUGGAUGCCAAUCCACCUCCUUAACUGCAUCCUGCUGUUCUGCCCACAGUGUGAGGUGCCCAUGUGGCUCACACUAGCAGCUAUUUUGCUUUCCCACACCAACUCUGCCCUCAACCCUAUCCUGUACGCGUACAGGAUGAGGUCAUUCCGACACACUCUUGUAGGGAUGUGGAGAGGAAUGUGGAGUGUUAGACCCAAACCCCAGUAGAUCAGGACUGUCGCUAGGACCGGUGAAUGCAUUUCUGCCGCUCUAGGCCAAACACAAUUGUGCCGCCCCUUUAUUUAUCAUGUACAAUAGGCUACACCAACAAUGACACAGAGCCAAAACAUGCCACGACCAACAACACAAAUGGCAAUAUCUACACAUCACACAAAUAGAUAAGUGCAACGCACAGUGUCAACAAUUAUAAGUAGGCCGACG